UCCUCGGCGUCGGCCGGCGAUGCCAUAGCAAAGCCGAUUUAAAGCAGUGUUCCCUUCAUCAUCCAACCAAACUGAUCAUGCGGUGCUACCUGUUCACGUCCAGCUGCGCGUUUGCGGCUAUAGCCUUUGUCAUCUUCAUCAGCGACCUCGGUACAUCGGUGGCAGGCGAUGAACUGUCGAACAACCUGAUCGAUGUGGAUGUCUACUAUGAGUCACUGUGUUCCGAUAGCAAGCGAUGGCUGAGAGUACAAUUAGCCGAGUCGUACCAAAUCCUGAAGGAUUACAUUCGCCUCAAUUUUAUCCCAUACGGGAAAGCAUCGCAAACAGCCGAUGAAGCGACCGGCCGAUGGUCAUUUGCCUGUCAACAUGGGCCUGACGAAUGCAACGGUAACAAGGCUCAAGCCUGCGCCAUCCACGCGAUUCAAAAAGAGGAGCCUGCCGACAAGGUUCAAGAACUCACGGAAAGAGUCGUAGUUUGCGCAAUGUCAACCAGGUUCCCGCCGUCGGAGGUGGAGACGUGCGCCGAGAAGUUAUGGGCAAGCCAGAAAACGCAGGACAGUAUCAAGAGUUGUAUCUCCAGUUCUCUAGCCGACGAGUUGCUCGCUGAAUAUGGCAGGAAGACGGCUGCUUUGAGUCCGCCGAUCUCCUUCGUGCCGACAAUCGUGAUCAACGGAGUGUAUUCUAAGGAGAACCAGAAUAAGGCGCUCAAUAACUUCCUUAAACUAAUUUGCGACAAUCUACAAGAGGGAGCGAAGCCGUCGGAGUGCAGCACCGCUUGAAAAUAAACGAUUGCUUAACCCCAUCGCCACUGAAAGCUCCGUAUAGUGGGUCACUGCUUUUUAUACAAAGCCUACACUGUCACCGUUGCUGCUCAUUCAAGGGGUCACUAUCGUUGGCUAUUCAUAGCUUCCAUCCGAAAAACAGUUGCAGUUGAAUUUUAUUCCACUAUUCGUAUUUGUACGGGAAUCCCACUAAAACUGGCGAGCUGUUGUUCAAAAGGCCUUACACGCUUCAAACGUUUCGUGUACUGGAACUGUUCAACUUAAUAAUACAGGAAUAAAUAAUUUCGUAUAAACGAA